UCUGAAAGCUACAUUUUCUCUCUCUUAAACCUUCAUUUUUUUUUCUUCAUAUUAUUCAUUUAUAAACUGAAAAAAAUUAAUAAUUACAAGAAGAAGAAAGUAAAGAUCGAUAUUAGAUCAUUUGAAGAUAUGGGUAGCGGCUAUUUUGGGAUUCCUAAAAUGGGAAACUCUAAUGAUAAAUCAUCGUCAUCAUCUAGGAAGAGUAAAAAGAGUGGCUCUGAGAAGCCUAAACAACCUCAAAGAGGUCUCGGGGUUGCGCAGUUGGAACAAAUCCGACUGCGCAGCCAGAUGGGUUGUAGCGGGUUUAACUCUUCCCCUGCCCCGGCCACCUUUCAUCAGGAAGAUGUGAGAUUGCAAGGACUACAAAGUUACGGAGUACAACAAUCUUCGACAUCAUAUAAUAAUCCAUACUAUUCACAAUCUACUUCACCUUCAACUUCAUCAACUUCUUAUGCUCAUCAUCCUAACUUCAUGAUGGUAUUUGGAGAUCAUGAAAGGUCCAAUUUAAGAUACCAAGAUUCUCAGCCUAGUAGUGCACAAAGAUGGAACCCUAAUGGUAUACUAGAGAGCUCGACGUAUACACAAGCAGGCGCGAUUCCUAGGCAUCGAAUUAGCUAUUAUGAGGACUCGAGGCAUCAAAGAAUUGAUUUCUUGAGAAACAGCCAGAAUUCAGAAUCAAGUGACCAGGAAGAAGUAGAUUUGGAGCUCAGGCUAUCACUCUAAUCAAUAAAAUGAUUUCCCGGAGGCUCCGAGAACUCGGGUUUAAUCUAUAACGGCCAGAAUGAAGUUGAAUCAAGAAGAUGCAGUAUAUAUCAUGUUCAUCAACGGGGAGAACACGUACAAGUAUUAUACAAAUCUCGAUCGAUAUUUGGAAGAUAAUUAACCUAUCAAGAUCGCUUAUUAGAGUCGAUGUAAUUAUAUUCUUCUGAUGUGCUUGUAUAUGCUUUGAUGCAUUACUAAUUAACAUCGAGAGGCAAAUCGAGUAGCAGAUUAAGUUAAUGGAAAAUAUAAUGUGAUUUUAGAUGGUAUACAAGACUAUUGUGUAUUUGCCUUUAUGCAUAUAAUUAAGUGGAGAGCUAAAUUAUAUAGUACGUCUGUAUUUUUUAGCCACAAAUUUCAGCUAUUUGCAACCCUUGUUGAUCAUGGAAAAGAAUUUUCGGACAGAAAUGAUUACAAGUAGGUUUUUUUUUUUUUCUUUUUGUUGUGAAAGAUGUUAGAGUAUGGAUGAAUAUUCUCAUUUUAAUCUGUACAUAAGUGCAUUAAUAACAUCUUUUUUAAGUACACUUUUUAAAAUAUUAGACUAUUUUAGCUAUGAUUAUAUACGAAUUAUUCCUCUAACAAGCUGGUAGAGUAACGUAGCUUGAAAUUUGAGCAUUUCUUCCAACUACUUAUUUUCGUCAGAGAAUUGAAUAGAGUGACAAAGAGGAUCGAAGAAAUUAAAUC